CACCCACUCGCGCCAUGGCCUCGCCGGCUGUCAAAAAAAGCUAUCUCCGAGGCUGCGCUGCAAUACACCAAGCCCGAGGGCAAGGUCUUCCAUGACCUCCUCAACACUGUGGUUUUCGCCGUGGGUCUCCUUGCCGGUUUGCGAUCGAAGAAGCUCAGCGGCCAAUGGAUUGGUGUGAUGGUGACUGCAAGUCACAACCCCGCCGAGGACAAUGGUGUCAAGCUCGUUGACCCGAUGGCCGAAUGGGAGGUCUACGCUACGAAGCUGGCCAAUGCUCCGCUGGACAAGAUCGCCGAUGUGUACGACGAGCUCGUUAAGGAGAUUGAUGUGAAGAUGACCAACCCUGCCCGCGUCGUAUUCGCUCGUGAUACUCGUGCCUCUGGCUCACGCCUGGUUGGUGUUUUGAGCGCGGCCCUUACCGCUACCGAGGUCGAGUUCGUCGAUUGGAAGUACAUGACCACCCCUCAACUCCACUACGUCGUCCGCUGCAAGAAUACCCUCGGAACCCAGUACGAAUACGGUGAACCCACCGAGCAGGGCUAUUACGAGAAGCUUGCUACCGCCUUCAAGAAGGUCAUGCGCGGUGUGAAGGUGCAAGGCUCUCUGACCGUCGACUGCGCGAAUGGCGUUGGUGGCCCUAAAUUGCGUGAGCUGAUCAAGUACCUGGAUACUCCAAUCGACAUCAAGGUGGUCAACGAUGACGUGAUAAAUCCUGACAGCCUCAACUUCGACUGUGGUGCCGACUACGUCAAGACCAAGCAGCGCGCGCCGCCUUCUUCCAAGGCCGCCCCUCUUGACCGGUGCGCAUCUUUGGACGGUGAUGCCGACCGUCUGGUCUACUACUUCAACGACGAGGGCAACAAUUUCCGCUUGCUGGACGGUGACCGCAUCGCUACCCUCGCUGCGGCCUUUAUCGGCGAUCUUGCCCGCAACGCUGGCAUUGCCUCUAAAUUGAAGAUCGGACUCGUGCAGACUGCUUACGCCAAUGGCGCCAGUACCGACUACGUCGAGAAGGUGCUCAAGCUCCCAAUCAUCUGCACCAACACCGGCGUGAAGCACCUGCACCACGCUGCCCUCCGCUUCGAUGUCGGCGUUUACUUCGAGGCCAACGGCCACGGCACCGUGACCUUCUCCGAGAACGCGAUGAAGGUGAUCCGUAGCACUGAGCCUCAGUCGCCCGCCCAGAAGAGCGCUCUGGAGUCUCUCCUCGCCCUGACCGACCUGAUCAACCAGGCCGUCGGCGACGCCCUCUCGGACAUGCUCCUCGUCGAGGCGAUCCUGGCACACAAGGGCUGGACCCCCAAGGAGUGGCUGGGCACUUACACCGAUCUACCCUCCCGCCUAGUGCGCGUCGAGGUGAACGACCGUUCGAUCUUCAAGGCCUACGACGCCGAGCGCAAGCUCGAGUCUCCAGCCGGUCUCCAGAGCCAGAUCGAGUCAUUGCAGUCGCGGUACAACAAGGGCCGUAGCUUUGCCCGCGCCAGUGGUACCGAGGACGCUGUCCGUGUUUACGCCGAGGCUGCGAGCCGCUCCGAGGCUGAUGACCUGGCUACCCGCGUCGCUAACGCUGUGCGUGAGGCCGGUAGCAGCGAUGCUCAGCAGUAA